AUUUUAUUUUAUUUUAUUUUAUUUUAUUUUAUUUCUUUCAAUAUUUUCUCUCUCUUUUACUUCCACCUCUUCUCCUUCUCCCUCUCCCCUCCACUCUCUGCAUUUUCAUUUUAUGCUAGGAAAUAUAUUUGGGAUCCUUCCCUGUCCAAUUUCCUUUUCCGAACUGCAGAUUGCAAGAGGUUUCUCUUCUCCGAGCCUCUUUGUGCCUGCAUCAUCUACAUCUUAUUACCCCGCCCCCUCACUUGAUGUCCCGUUGAUAGGGAACACGCGUAUUAUUUACCACGUUUCCCGGAUCAGUAGAACGGGUAAAGGCCCCCCGCGGCCGAGAUCGGGGGACCACCCUCAAACCCGUCUCCGUCUUGAUCUUUUCUUUUUCACUUUCCCCUCUUAUUCCACCACAGGAUGGCUCACCAAAUAAAUCUGGCGAGCCAUUCCUUUAGCGGCCAAUCCCUAUCGUCGGAAUGGCCGUUGCUAGUGGAGAGCCCGAGUUUCUGGCCAUGCUACAGCUGUUGCAAGAACUUUUGGAUCCCCACAACGGGAACCUUUGGGACUGACUGCCUUGGGGUCAUCGGCCACAUCCCGCUGUGGAUCUCGGUCCUCGUGGUUCUGCUACGCUACGGACUUGGCCCGGUGUGGAGGUUCCGCCCUCAGUGGCUACGCAGGCUCGGUUCCGAAGAGGCCGAGGCCGCCUCAGCCUUGGGCCGGGCCGGCGAUGAAGAAGUCGCAGCCUCGGCUAGGCAGAGGCCCUGGACGGCAUGGACCGUCUCCGUCCUGCUGUUGACCAUUCUCGCCGCAGCCUGUGGCGUUGCCGGAGCUCUGAUUUGGCCACGGCACCGACUGCAGUACAUGGUGCCUGUCAUCCCAAACAUCAUAUCAAGUCUUGUUCUUGUCAUGGAACGACCUAGAGUCAUUCCUGGGGCGGUGUUUGUCAUACAAGCCGCCCUCAUUGUCGCUGAGCUGGCCGUAGCUGUCUCUGCCCCGAUAGCUACCGGAAGCGGCUGGGAGGGAGUGGUCGGCUGGACGGGCGCCAUCGGGCUCCCCUUGGCAUCCCUUGCCAUCAUGGUCAAUAUGCCUAUGAGGGAUCCUUUACUGGAUACCACGGGGAUAGCUAAGCCAUUUGAGAAGCCCACGGCGUCCGCCCGGAGUCCCGAAGACGUUAUCACCUUGUGGCAGUGGAUGACUAUCUCUUGGGUGGCCCCGCUAAUUGCCAUCGGCUACAAGCGGCAGCUGCACGAUGAGGACGUCUGGUUCCUUGCUUACGAGUUCCAGCACAGCCGACUCCACCGACUCUUCCGUGAUAUCCCAGGCACGGUGCUAGCGCGGCUGUUCCAGGCCGCUGGCCUUGAUCUUCUUCUUACUACCGGCCUUGGCGUGCUCGAGACUUCGAUCCAGUUGGCUGAACCUAUCCUGCUCAAGCAACUCCUCAAGGCGCUAUCUUCCGAGACGCCAGAUACCAGGACAGCGCUUGUAUACGCCGGAAUCACUCUCUUCCUUCGAUUGGUCAUGGCCCAAUCCGGUAUCUUCAAUCUAGGUUACUGCCGCCGUGGUUAUGAGAAGACUAGGGGUGCGAUGAUCACAAUGGUGUAUGAGAAGACUCUGCGUCGGAAGGCCUUCACUUUCCCCAACACCCAGACAGUCCCUGGAACUAUCGAGGCGGCAGCACCAGAAGAGCAAGAAAUUCCGCCAUCUGGGGGCACCUCAACCGCGACCACCCUCACUGACGACGAGUCGUCGUCAGACACCGAUGGCCUCCUCGGCCAGAGCAAGAAGCCGCGCGAAAGAGGAUCAUGGCUCCCGGAUUGGGUUUGGCAGGCAGUCCAGAUGGUCAAGUCGCUGAACGUGAAGGUGGGCCCAGCGGCCGACUCUCCGGCGUCGACGGGCAAGAUCCUUAAUAUCAUGCGCAACGACGUUUACGAAGUAUCGCAGCGGUUCUGGGAAUUCCAGUAUAUUUUCACCAAGCCAAUGAACCUUGUCUUGUCUGUUGUGCUCAUCUGGAACAUUCUCGGGCCAGCCUCGCUCUCUGGAAUCAUUGUCCUUCUUGUCGGCAUGGGCAUCAAUGCCUUCUUCAUGCGACUUCUGCUCCGCAUCGAGCGAGUACGUCGGACAGUCACUGACUCGAAGCUGCAACGUAUCAGCCAGUUCGUCGAAUCUAUUCGCCACCUGAGAUGGUACGACUGGCAGGACUCGUGGCUUGCCCAGAUCAUGGAAAGCCGCCGAGCUGAACUAACGAAGCGCAUCAUGAGCAACAUCAUCUCGGAUCUUAUAAAAACCGUCAACUCAAUGACAGCUUACAUGGUCCCGGUAGCAGGAUUCAUGGCUUACACGCUCAUCUCCAACAGACCCAUGACCGUCGAUAUUGCUUUCCCGGCGCUCGAACUGUUCACUACUUUGCAGAACGCACUACGAGAACUGCCAGAUCUGAUCACGGUAUUGCUGAAUGCACGAGUCGCCAUGCAGCGCAUCGAGAAAUUCAUGCUCGAGCCCGAGAAGGAGAUUUCUCUUGAUGAUAACAGGGACGCUGAGCAAGACCUAGCCAGGCCGCCUGGUCCUCUCGAGAUUGAGAUUAGGGACGCCUCCUUCUCCUGGCCGGCAUCUACUAAGAAGGUUCUCAGGCACGUUUCGAUGGUGUGCAGGCCCGGAUUGACCGUUGUUUGCGGCAAGGUUGGCAUCGGGAAGACGGCUCUGUUGUCGGCAAUUCUGGGCGAGCUCGACUUGCUCCAUGGGGAGACUAUCGUGCCGCGCGAAAUGAUAGGAUACUGCGCCCAGACGCCUUGGCUGGAGAGCAUGAGCAUCCGUGAGAACAUUCUCUUUUCUUCUAUCUACGACAAGGCUCGCUUUGAGAGUGUCAUUGACGCCUGCUGCCUCCGCGCCGACUUCGAAACAUUCCGCUCCAAGGAUCUCACCUUGAUUGGUGAAAAUGGCGUCGGCCUCUCUGGCGGACAACGCGCCCGCGUCUCUCUGGCGAGGGCCAUAUACAGCAAUUCUCGCAUCCUGCUAUUAGACGAUCCCAUCGCGGCCUUGGACCACCACACAGCUACCAGCAUCAUGAAGAACCUCUUUGGGGACAAAAGGUCGUCGCUUACCGAGGGCCGCCUUGUCAUUUUUGUGACGCAUCGGGUUGACAUCGUCAAGCAAUACGCGUACCAGGUUCUCGAAGUCACCACUGGCGGCCGGGUAACAUCCUUUGAUAGAGAAAUCGUGGAGCCUGAUGGUCUCGAGGCCAACCUUGCGGCUGCUGCCGAGCAGGUUGAGGGCGAAGAAGAAGAUACAAAACCGGCAGAAAAGUUCAUCGAGGAGGAGCACCGGGCCCAUGGCGGUGUCUUGAUUUCGGUUUACUGGGAGUACGUCAAGGCCGCAGGACUUGUAUGGUGGGUUGGCCUGAUUUCUGCCUACGUUUUCUUCCGCGCGGCCAAGGUGGGAUAUUUCUGGUUCCUCAAGGAAUGGGGUGAGCAGUACGGCAGCUCCCCGGCAGCGGCCCGCAGUGUCAGUACCUAUGUUCUCGGCUUUGGUGGAGUCGUGCAAGAUGACCUGGAUGCUACAGCGUCGCAACUCGCCUUUGGGUUUUCUCCUAGGACGCUCCACGGGCCCGCCGCUAAUGCCUCGAAGAGCUGGACGGACCUCGGUAGCUACCUGCCGCCUCCUGACGAAAAUGUCCGUCCGUGGCUAUUCUGGUUCUUUGUCGUCUCGUUGGCUCAGGUGGUUGCACUGAGUCUCGCAGAUGCUGCGCUCAUCGUGAUUGUGUACCGUGCAGGCAAGACGCUGUUCGAGCAGGUGGUGCGCCGUGUCAGCAACGCGACGUUCCGCUUCUACGACGUGACGCCGGUCGGUCGGCUUAUGAACCGGAUGACGUCGGAUAUGGGCACUGUUGACGGGGCCAUCGCGGGCCAGUUGGUCGGAGUGGCGUGGUACGUCCUCGGCUGGAUCACGUCAGUCAUCGUGAUAGCUUCGACCACGCCCGUGUUCCUCAUGCUGAGCGUCAUUAUGACAACGCUCUUUGUCGUCAUAUUCUUCCGCUUUCUGCCUACGUCGCAAUCGCUACGCCGUCUUGAGACGGUCUCGCUGUCGCCGCUCAUGUCUAAUUUCGGCACACUUGUCGAGGGCCUGACCACAGUGCGGGCUUAUCACGCCGAGCCUCACUUUCAGGCGCGAAUCGUGGCCACCACCGACAAGUUCCAGAAAAUGGAUCACAUGUACUGGGCCAUGCAAAUGUGGUUGCAGUUCCGGUUCGACUUGCUAUCGGCACUGACCUCUUUCACUCUAACAGUCACCGCAGUGCUAGCAGGUUUGUCCGGUGGCUCGGUCGGAUUUGUGCUGGCGGCCGCCUCGAACUUUGUCAUAUGCACGCACAUGCUGUGCCGCCGUUAUGGUGAUAUGCAGAUGCAGUUUGUUAGCGUGGAGCGUAUUAUCGAGCUGCUACACCUUGAGCAGGAGCCGGUCGGUACUGUAAAGCCUCCAGCUGCCUGGCCCGGCUACGGCGAUGCUAUCGUGUUCGACCACGUCACGCUGCGCUACGCACCCCACCUGGACCCGGUCCUCGACGACGUCAGCAUUAAAAUCCCGGGCGGCUCUAAUGUUGCUGUAACCGGCCGCACAGGUUCCGGCAAGAGCACCCUUGCCUUGAGCCUUCUCGGCACACUGCAUCCGGACGCGAACACGGGCGGCGCCAUCCACAUCGGGGCUAUCAACCUCGCUGAUGUCGAUAAGCAUGUGCUUCGGCGUAAUAUCACCUUCGUCGCCCAGGAUCCCGUGUUGUUCCCGGGCACGCUGCGCGACAACCUGGACCCUCUGGGCGAGCACGAGGAGGCGGAUCGCGCGAGCGUGCUUGACCGCGUUCUCCACGGUCACUCCUUCACCCUGGACAGCCCCGUCGACUCAGGCGGGCACAAUCUGAGCCAAGGGCAGCGCCAGCUGAUCGGGCUCGGUCGCGCCAUCCUGCGCCGCAGCCCCGUCAUCAUCAUGGACGAGGCCACGGCGUCUAUCGACGCACAGACGGCCGACGAGAUACAGCGCCUGUUGCGCGAGGAGCUGCGUUACAGCACCGUCAUCACCAUUGCUCACAAGGCGGAAGCCGUCAGGGACGCCGACUUUGAGGUUGUGCUGGAAAAGGGGAAGGUCCUCAGGGCCGGGCCGAGAAAAGUAACUUCAUCUGCAUCAUGAGUUUAUGGUAACGGCCAAUCUGGAUCAUGAGGUUUGGUUCUGGCGUUUUCUUUUCGGAUACAUGUGUGCGUUUUUUUUGAGAAAAAAGGUGCAACGCGAUAUGAAAGUUUAUUUCCCUUUUUCUGCCUUUUUCAUGGGAGCAAGGACAGACAUAGUUAUUAACAUGGCUAUAUAAUAAUAUAAAUAACUUAAUUAGGGUUGUUUACAUCAAUACGUGCCCAUACUUGAGCGUCUGUGAGGAUUCUCCGCUCUGAGCCUCGUGUAAGACGUGGCCGACAACAUGUGGGAGAUAUGGG